GCUUACCAUUGAAUAAUGACACCUCCCACUUCUCUUUUGUUCAUUCUAACAGCUCUAUUUUGAAAAGUCGCUUGGUACCACUAUGGAUGUAUCCUGCUUCUGAGAUUUGACUGAUCUAUCACUGAGAGAAGGUCUCUUCCCAUUUAGCCUGUAUCUGAUCCUCAUGCUUCUUUGGAUAUCACUAUUGAUUCUUGUAUCUGUCGAUGGACAGGCACCUGCUGCAAAGAAAGUUGUGGUAAUACCAAGUCCUCCAUGGACCCCUGUUUUCAAAGGAGAGAAGGUGACUUUGACCUGCAAUGGAUCCCAUCUGCUAGAUCCAAAGCAAUUGUGGUGGUUCUACGAGAAGGGAUGGCAGAAGAGUUCAAACCCUCUUGAAGUUACCAAGGGUGGAGAGUACAGAUGCGAAAUGGAGUACUCAUCCAUUAGUGAUCCUGUGUACCUGGUAUUUUCUAAUAAUGUGCUGAUUCUUCAAACUCCAUACUAUGUGUUUGAAGGAGACAAAUUGCUCCUGAGAUGCCGAGAACGGAAUGAUAUAAAACUCACACGUAUUUCAUAUUUUAAAGAUAAAAAGGUCUUUCAUUAUGUCAGUGAAAAUUCAGUGCUCUCAAUCCCUGAUGUAAAUUCAGAUUACAGUGGUCUGUAUUAUUGCAAGGCCAAGAACAAACAGCAUCAAUACACAUCAGAAGAGGUAAAGCUCCAAGUCCAAGAACUGUUUCCACCCCCAAAGCUGAAAACCACAACCUCCCAGCCCACUGAGGGGACCCCAGUGACCCUGAGCUGUGAGACCCAGCUCCCUCCACAGAGGUCAGACACCAAGCUGCACUUCUCCUUCUUCAGAGAUGACAGAGUCAUCGUAUCAGACUGGAAGGAGUCUCAGGUGCUCCAGAUCCCAGCCAUCUGGAGGGAAGACUCAGGGUCAUACUGGUGUGAGGCAAAAGCUGUGACUCAGAAUAUUCAGAAACAGAGCAACCACAUGAAGAUCAGUGUGAAAAGAAUCCCUGUCUCUGGCAUCCUCCUGGAGAUCCAGCCCCCAAAGACACAGGUGAUUGAAGGAGAGAAGCUGGUCCUCACCUGCUCAGUAGCUAAAGGCACAGGAAAUAUCACGUUUUGCUGGCACAAAAAUGCCACCAAAGAUUGUCUAAGAAAGAAGACACAGUCUUCAUUGAAGGAAGAGCUUAUGUUCUCUACUAUAAAGAAGAGUGAUGAGGGGAGCUAUCAGUGUGCCGCUGACAAUAACAUCAGCACCAUAUUCAGCAGGACAGUGGUUAUCAGUGUGAUGAUUCCAGUGUCUCACCCUCUUCUCACCCUGAGUGCAGUUGGGAUGCAAGCUGCUGUAGGGGAAGUGCUGGAGUUUCGAUGUGAAGUCCUCGAAGGAUCUGCUCCAAUCUUUUAUCAGUUUUAUCAUAAGGGUUUAGUUGUGAAGACCAUCUUGGCCCUGUUUGGAGAUGUAGCAUCCUUUAACCUCUCUGUGACAACUGAGCAUUCUGGGAAUUAUUACUGUGAGGCCAACAACAGCUUCAGUAGCCAGUUCAGUGAGAUGCUGGAACUCUCCAUCUCGGACCCUGCAGAAAGGAGCCUACUCAUCAUAGGAGGCACUGUGGCCUCGCUCAGCAUCUCGGGUCUUGCUGCCGUUGCCCUUCUGGUUUACUUCAAGCUCAAGAGGAAAUCAGGAGGAAGUCUUGUCCCUGAGCUUUCCAGGGACCAACCUAUCACAGACCCCCAAGAAUCUGGCCACUCAAAGUCAAUCCCCCCAGUGGAGCAGCAGCCAAUAUAUGACAAUGUGACUCCAUUCGUUGAAGAUGUGGUCUAUUCUGAAGUAUGGGAUAUGAAUCAAGGAAAAAUAAACAGAGAAGACACCUCAGAGACCCCUCCAGAGGACAAGGAUGACUCAGUGAUGUAUUCUGAGGUGAAGACAUAUAGCCCUGAUGACUCAACAGGGAAAGAUAGGGCCAUGGAUAAGAACCAUGAAGAUGAUAUAGAAAAUUAUGAAAAUGUCCUGACCUUAUAAUCCCAGACCUAGACUCAUCAAAUUCUUCAGGGACCUUCAGUUUACAUCACCCAUCUGCUUUCCUCUCUGGCACUCUUUCCUCAGUUACUCUGAGGUCAAUCUAGCAUGUACUUUAUCCAGUGAGUGGACCUAACAAGAGAGACCAGGGCUAUGGAUAAGAUAUGGUUAUGGGAAAACAAAGAUAAUCAAAAGAUCAAACUAAAGCCAAAUCCCUCUAAAACCCACCUCAAGAACAAUAAGAAACUGUGUCAAAUCAAACAACAAAUCAUCACCAAAAAAGAUGGACCAAAAAGAAUACAUAUUAACAUACUCUUGUUGUUAGCACAAUUAGACAUAUCAGACUCUUCAUAACCCAAUUUGGGGUUUUCUUGGCAAAGAUAUUGGAAUGGUUUGUCAUUUCCUUCUCCAGAUCAUUUUGCAGAUGAGCAAACUGAGGCAAACUGACUUGUCUGGGGUCACACAGUUAAAAAGUAUCUAAAGUCAUAUUUGAUCUCAGGCCCUCCUGACUCCAGUCCCAAUAUUCUAUCCACUUCACCAUGUAGCUGCCCUUAAGAUACUCUGCAGUGUAGGGUCUACACAUUUUUUUAAAUGAAGAAGUGAAGACAAUGCAAAAAAAAAAAGAAAGAGAGAGAAAUAUGUUGCCUCUUUUAAAAAUAUAAAAUUCAUUUAGAGUUUAAAUGAGAGGUUGAAGUAGAAUCUAUUAUACUUCAGCUGAAUACAAAAAAGCUGGAGAUGGCAAUCAUGAUCUUAAACAAGGCAAAUAUUAAAAAUAAGCAUGGUUAGAAGAGGUAAACAGGGAAACCACAUUAUGCUCAAGGACACCACAGGUAACAAAACAGUAUCAGUGAUAAAUACAUAUGCACCAAAAAACAGUCUCUAAGUACUGAAAGGAAAAAUCAACUGAACUAUUGGAGAGACUAGAAAGAAAAACAGUAAGUGCUGGCAACUUUUAACAUGCCCCCCUCAGAUGUAAACAAAUACAAUAGAAAAGUAAAUAUGAAUAAUAUUUGCCAUAUGAACAGAAUAUUUGAAAAAUUAGAUAUAAUAGAUCUUUGGUGGUUACUGAAUGAGCAUUAUAAGGAAUAUACAUAAUUUUCAGUUUUAUUGCACCUUUAAAAAUUACUGGCCAUAUUCUAGUGCAUAAAAGACUCAUCAAUAAAUUUAAAAGAUAUAAAUACUAGAUAUAUUCAUAGCUUAAUAAAAGAUGUAAUUAAUCAAGAAAAUUGGAAGAAAAAAUUCAGACUCAAAAGGUGAUAAAAUAAUGUAAUCCUAACUACUUAGUGAGUCAAAAAACGAACUAUAGAAGUAAUAAAUAUUCAUAUCAAACAACAUGAUAACAAUCAGAGAAUAUAUCAUACUGAUUUAUAUGUAGCCAAAGUAGUCCUUAAAAGAAAAAAGUUUUCUAUCUCUAAACACUUAAAAGAGAAUAAAAGAGAGAAUGAAGAGAUCAAUGAAUUGAAUAAGCAACUAAAUAAACCUAAAGAAGCAACAAAUAAAUAAUUCAAAAUAAGCAAAAAAAUGUAAAUUCUUAAAAUUAAAGAAAAACAAAAUGGAAAAUAAACAAAAACCCUACUGAGAUAAUUAUAUAGCUUGAAAAAAAUGAACAAAAUAGGCAACCAUUAAUGAGCCUAAAACAGUAAGAAGAAAGAAAAACCAAGUUACUAAUAUGAAAAAUGAAGAGAAAUUCAAAACAAAUGAAAAGAAAAUAAAAGAUAUUUUUAAGAAAACUAUUUAUCCAAUUAUGUGCCAACAAAAGUAAAAGCUUAGUUGAAAUAGAUGGAUAUUUUAAAAAUUUAAUUCAAUAAAUGUUUAUUUAGCAACUGCUGUGUAUGGGUGCUAAGAGAAUACACACACACACACACACACACACACACACACACACACACAAGAAGCAGUCCCUUCCUUCAGGGAGCUUACAUUCUACUAAGGGAAAUAUAAAAUGCCAAACUCCAAACUAAGAGGACAUAGAAAAUUAAAACAACACCUUUAGAGAUCUCAAAAAUUGAUCUCAAAAAUAGAAUUGAACAAUCCAUAAACUUUCAAUGAAAAAAAUAAAACCUGGACUCCAAUAGACAUGAAUUAUGUCAAAUAUUUAAAGAACAGUUAAUCCCCCUAUAUUAAGUUCAUUUAUUGCAAGAACAGCUAGAAGGGGCCUUACCACCUCUGAUCAAUACAUCGAUUGUGAAUAGACAGGACUUAAGAGGAAACACACCUCUCUCUCAGGAAACCAUAGGUACAGAAUGAGGUCUAUGUUAUCAGAUAUAGCCAAUGCGUUGACCUUUUCCUUAAAUUAAAUAUACUUUCUUAUUACAAGGUAGCCUUCCAUUUGUGAGGUGUAAAUGAAAAGAAAGAGCUGUUGGGUGGUGAUAACAAUUUUCUUUAAUUAAACAUUUUUUCAAUUAA